AUGUAUGAUACUUUUUCUACCUAAUACUAAGAAAAGGAUAUAUAUAUAGUCAUAUCUUAAUUUUAUUAAUACAGUCCAUUACUUUAUUUGCAACUGGACUAAAUGGAACUGACUCUAAACAGACAUUACCUGUAAAAGCUACAUAUAUAUAUCCCACAUAUGAAGCUUAUUCUGUUCUUCCUGAUCGAGAUCAUAACAUAGCUCUUUUAAAACUUACUAAGCCAUUUGACAUGUGCCAUAAUAAAAUAAUCCUACCUAAGGUUGUGCCUGUCAAAUAUGAUGAUGAUUACAAACUAUGUUUGAUAUUUGGAUGGCAAAGUUAUGUUGCACCAUCUUCAAAAGUUCUAGCUAAGCCAGUUCUAUAUUACGAAGUAAUUCUUAAUUCCUGGAAAAUGUGUACGUAUAUGAUAAAAACAAAUACAACUUACACAAAUGUAUUUUGUACAAUGGUUGAGUUUAAGGAUGAAAUGAGAGCCUGUGCUGGUAAUCCUGGUUCUCCAGUUAUAUGUGAGAAUCAAAAACAUGAGAUAGCUCUAGUUGGAAUUGCAUCUUGGACAAAUUUUUCUUUAGAAUGUGGAGAUCUUCCAACAUAUAUCGAUGUUGGUGCAUUCAGGGCAUGGAUGGAUGAUUUAGUUUUUAAUAGCAAGGACACAGAAGAAUGGGAAAAUAACACCAAAUUAAAUGAAAAACAGAGCACAUUUAAAGAAAACAUUAAUGUACAUGAUAGUUUAUGGAAUCAUUCAGAUCUUUUACAAUUAGGUUCACGAAUAAGUUAUUGGCCAGGUAAUACAAAAAUACAUUUACAUAAUAAAACUGGGACAGCAAUAAAGUAUCAAGAGGUACCUAUAGAAAGUAUGAACAAAUCUUAUUUUUGGAAUAAGUUAUAUCCAUCUAUUUCCAAUAAUUUUAACAAUAAGAAUGCAUCUUCCUCCGAUGGCUACUAUAAAAUGUCUUAUCUAGAUGUAGCAAAAGAACCAAGUAGUAAUAUCUAUAAAUAUAAAGAAAUUGGAAGUUCUCAAAAAAAGAAUCAAUUUGUAGGAAAUUUCAAUGGUGCUAUGAAUAAAUCAUUAUUGUGCAACAUUCAACAAUUUGAUAAAGUUACAGUACAACAAAAUAAGGAUCAAAUAGAAAUAGAUGAUUUUGAAUUGUUAUUACCACUUAAUUUUGAAGCUGUUUCUUAUUCUAAUAUUACUGUUGCAUACUCUAAAAAAUUAUACCUAUUUUUUCAUUUUGUAUUUUGGUAUCUUUACAUUAUUAUUUAUACAUAA